AUGUUGUCCGUCCUCCAGCUGAGCGUCAGUCUUCUCCUGACUGCGGUUCAUGGCCGAUCAUUGGGAAUCCCGACGCUGCCUUUUUCGUCUGGAGGUGGCCAGUUGCGGUUGAGCGACAUUCAAACCGUAAUCGUCGAUGCCAACUAUGCGGACUCGGUCGAUAACCGUGGCGACACUCUUAUUCCCCCCUCGCUGACGGACUUCUCCGAGACCUUUGUCCAGGACAUGAAGACGCUAGGCGUGGAACUAGCUCUAGAAGACGCGGGAGAAAGUCGCCCAGGAUCCAUCUUUCUCACGCUCGGAGAUCCCACUGAUUACCUCGAUGCUGCUGGUCGCGAAUCUUCGGAAGGCUAUACCAUCUCCGUGGCUUCGUCCAACAUCACGAUUGCCGGGUCGAGUUCCCUGGGGGUCUGGUGGGGUACUCGUACAAUCCUUCAGCAAGCCAUUCUUAACAACGGCUCCAUUCCCCGUGGCACCGUUACCGACACCCCAGGAUGGGGAACGCGAGGGAUGAUGCUAGAUGCCGCUCGACACUACUACCCGCCCGGCUUUCUAGUUGAAAUGUGCGCGUACAUGUCUUUUUUCAAGCAGAACACCUUUCACCUGCACCUAAGCGACAAUCUGUACAACAACGUAGACAUCUACAACCGGGAACGGUCACUAGAACUCUACGCCCGGUUUCGACUGUGGUCUGAUGCCGAAGAAGUGGCUGGGCUGAACAAGCAUAAGAACGAAUCGUACACAAGGAAGCAGUUCGACCACAUCCAGUCCGCAUGCGCUGCGCGAGGAGUGACCGUGGUCCCAGAGAUCGAAGCCCCAGGUCACGCCCUCGUCUUAGUGCAGUGGAAGCCAGAGUUGGGCUUUGAAGAUGACCUCAGCUUGUUGAACAUCUCGAACCCGGAUACGAUCCCAACGAUGAAGUCCGUCUGGAGUGUCUUCCUUCCCUGGUUCCAUUCAAAGACCGUUCACAUCGGCGCAGAUGAAUACACGGCAGGAGCCAACGACUAUAACGCAUUUGUGAACGCUAUGGCUGACCACAUCCACACUGCAUCCAAUAAGUCAGUGAGGAUUUGGGGCACUUUUCCACCCAACUACACGCAACCUGACUACAUCAACAUCUACCCAAACGUUUCGGUCCAGCACUGGGAAUUCUUCGAGGACAAUCCGCUGUAUGAUUAUAUCCUGAACAAUUACACGGUUCUGAACUCCGACGAUACAUUCUACGUAGUAAAUAAGUGGUCAGGGAGCUACCCUCAGAAGGUGAAUGUCUCGGCGACUUUUAUCGGCAAUCCAAACACGGGUGGCAGUCUUUGGUACCCGUACGUGUUCGACACAAAAAACAGCUCUAAUAACCCAUUGCGCGACGAGUCUCUUGUACUCGGAGAAAUAGCCGCCCUGUGGAAUGAUUACGGUCCAAACUCCAGUGUCUAUUCUGAGGCCUACUAUGCCUGGCGGGAAGGCAUCCCAGCUCUUGCCGACAAGCAAUGGGGCGGCAAUCUUACGCAAUCGGAAUUCCCCAACGUCCUGCAGACGCUCCUUCCCUUCAUACCCGGGCAAGACCUGGAGCGAAGGAUUCCCUCCAAGACCUCGACUAUUCUGGAGUACACGUUCGGCCGCGAUACCGCCUCCCAGCGAAGCAUUUCAGACAGUUCAGGCAAUGUAUACGAUGGGUACACCGACUGUUCGACAACCGGCAGUGGCUCAAUCGCCAUCGGCUCCUGCUCAGUCACGACGCCUCUGUCCUCAAAGGGGAGAAACUACACGCUCACGCUCUCCUUUCAAAUUUCCUCUCUUGAAGCCCCGACUAAUGCGACGCUCAUAGCAGGUGGUGACUCAGCACUGAUGCUGACGCCAAACACCACAUUCUUUGCUGGAGGAAACUACUAUCGACUGAACUCAUCACUGCCUCUAGAUCGCAGACUACAUCUAGAUAUUAUCGGCCGCGGAAAUCAUACCUUCGCCAAGGUCAAUGAUGGCAGGGAAGAGGAAUUUCUCACCCAAAUCGGCGUCAAUGGCGAGCGAUUCGAGUGGGGACCUAUGGCAUUCGAGGCGCCUCUGCACCAGAUCGGAGGCGAAGGUGCUGGCUGGACCGGCCAACUCUAUGGUCUGAAAUUGUCGAGCCUAGCGUAG